GGAGUAGGACCUAAUGAAGCAAAAACUGAAAAAGUAAAGAAAUUUCCAAUAUCAGAAAAUCUUUGCCAAUUGAAAGGAUUUAUUGGAUUGGCAUCUUAUUAUCAUUGUUUUAUAAAAGGUUUCACCAUGAUAGCUCGACCACUUUAUAAACUAUUAGAAAAAGAUGUUCAGUAUAAAUGGGAGGAAGAUCAAUAA